UUUUAAGUAAUGUUAGUUUUAAGGUUAGGGCCCCUCGUGCGCAAUGGAGAACGCGCGUGUGUUGCGCUCGGGCAAGUCCACGCCCUCGCGGGAAGAGACGCCAUCGUCAGGGCAGACCACGACCCACGAGACCAACACAUGGAGCAGAGGCACCGGCGUUGAAGACACGACGGAGAGCAGCACGCGUACCGACGCUAGGGCCAAACUAAAUUCAGUACCCGCACAAAUCGACAACGUAGUCGAAAAUGUAGGAAGUGCGCCGGGCACUAUAGUUAACGUCCCCGGGGACAGAGCAAGCAGCAAAUUAUCCGCGUUGCAGGCCGAAUUAGAGUAUCACAACUCCGAACUAGCACGGGCUAGGGCGGCGUCCGCAGCUGCCAUGAGUCGGCUGGAAAUAGCUAGGAUAGAGCUAGGAGAAUCCACCGACGCGGACCAGCCACCCAGAUCGAAUAAAACCCGAGUUGAAGGCUGGAUCUCGGAGCAAUGUGUUAGGCCGUCAACAAGCGCUCAAAACCCGGGACGAGACCCGCGUCCGACUGAAAACAUCGAACCGCGCGCCGGUAACACGUCGCUUAGCGACAUGACAUUGCUAGCCAACGCGAUAGUUCAAGCGGUCAAUUCGAGUAGGUCGGAAGCGGCGCCUAAAUUCAUUCAUGAGUUGCCCCACUUCGACGGAACAAUUACGGAGUGGAUGGCUUUUAAAUCCGUUUUUAAUGACACCGCGGAUAUGUUCUCGGACAUUCAAAAUGUAGCUAGGUUAAGAAAAGCAUUAAGAGGCGCGGCCCGCGAAACAGUUAGAGCUUUGCUGUACACAGUAUCGGACCCGUACGAAAUAAUAGAUACGCUAGAACGGCGAUACGGCAGGCCAGAACUACUUAUUCUCUCCGAAAUCGAAAACAUAAAACGUUUACCCCGUAUGACGGAAGACGGGCGCAAUGUUAGUAGUUUCGCGAGUAAAAUAUCAAACACGGUAGCGGCCAUAAAGUCACUUAACCAGCCACAAUAUUUGUAUUCUCCCGAGUUAGUGGGUCGAAUAGUCGACAAGUUAAAUAUUAUUUUAAAAUAUAAGUGGUACGAGUUCAAAUCUGAACGACCCGGAGCACCGGAGCUCGAAUUAAUGGCUAGAUUUUUAAAUACUAUGGCGGAUCAGUGCGGCGCGAUGUUCGCAUACGAAACAGCUAGGGAGGAAAGGAGAGGCAAGAUGAAACCUCGCGCGGUAAACACGACUCGCACACGGACUCAUAGAUCGACGCGUUAUGAUAGCGAUAGUUCCUGUGAUAGAUCAGAUUGCGAAGUCACGUACGAGCCGCGUAAUACCGUAGCAGCCGCGUUCAAACCCUCAGCUAAAAAGGCCGAACCAUUCAGGCCGAAGCAUCGCACGCCGCGCCCCGCGACAGAGGCGCCACGCUCCGCGACGGAAGCGCCGUCAAACUCGUCCAAUAGAAAUAAUUGUCCCGUAUGUUCAGGCUCCCAUACGACUAUUAAUUGUGCAGAUUUUAUUAAACUUAGCGUAUCGGAAAGAUGGGACGCAGCUAAAAAUAGUAAACUUUGCUUUAGAUGUCUAAAUAACUCGCACGGGCGAACUUUCAGAUGUAAAUAUAUUCCGUGCGGUAUAAACGGUUGCGAAGCGUCUCAUAAUAAGCUAUUACACGGCAGCGGCAGUGCAGCGCCGCCCGCAAGCGGCAAUGUUAGCUCAAUAAAUCACGUUCGUGCGUCAAACACCUACCUCAAAGUAGUGCCGGUUGAGAUAAGUGGCCCAGUGGGCACCACCGCUACAUACGCCUUGCUGGACGAGGGCUCUACAUUGACCCUAGUUGAGCGUACGGUAGCGGACAGUGUAGCACCCAGGGGUCGCAGCCAGCUACUUAAGUUGGAAGGGGUAGGCGGUAACCAAAUUGACGACCCCGAAUCGUGCAACAUAUCGCUAACAAUCCGCGGCGCGUGUAGUCGAAAUCUAGAAAAAAUGAACGCGAGCACAAUUAGUAAUUUGAACCUUACGCCGCAGUCCGUAAGCAAGGACCUAGUUAGACAGUGCAGCCACCUAGCGGAAUUAGAAGACGAACUGUGUUACGAGCAGGCUAAGCCUACGAUACUUAUCGGCCAAGAUAACUGGCACUUAAUUACGUCUCGACAAUUACGUAUCGGAAAUAAGGGUCAGCCAGUGGCGUCGUUAACUAAAUUAGGAUGGGUCCUGCACGGGCAGGACGCAAGCUCGCGUAAUUUAAAUAAUAUUCAGUUCAUAAGUCACGUAAGAACGUCGCAGUCAGAGGAUCCCGCGUUAGAAUUGAUAAGGAAUUAUUUUAGCAUAGAGUCGUUAGGUAUAGAGCCGCGUAAACCUAAAGCGGAUCCGGACGAGCGCGCGUUAACUGUUUUAAAUAGAACUUGCAAUAAAAUGAACGAUUGCGAUCGGUAUGAGUCAGGCUUAUUGUGGAAAACCGACAAUGAAGUAAUGCCGGACAAUAAGAAACAAGCCCUAAGCCAACUAGUGAGCACCCCAGCCACAUCACCUCGCACCUGGUACUUACCUCAUUUUUCAGUGGUUCAUCCCCAAAAAGGUAAGGUGCGACUGGUUUUUGACGCUGCGGCUAAAUGUGGGGGAAAAUGCUUGAAUGAUGCGCUACUAACCGGGCCCGACUUAUUGCAGUCGCUUUUCGGCGUUUUAGUUAGGUUCCGCGAAGGAAAAAUAGCAGUAGUAGCGGACAUCAAAGAGAUGUUCUUACAAAUAAAAGUGAUUGAGUCGGAUCGCGACAGCCUUCGUUUUCUGUGGCGAGGCGACGAUAGAAACAUCCCCCCGCGAGAAUACCGUAUGACCUCGCUUAUUUUUGGGGCGGCCUCAUCGCCGUGCGUGGCCAUUCAUGUUAAAAAUAAAAACGCGCAAAACUUUAGUUCAGAGUACCCGAAGGUAGCUAAAGCUGCGGAACGGAACUUUUAUAUGGACGAUUACUUAGACUCAUUCGACGACGCGGACGAAGCCAGGCAAGCGGUCAAUGCCAUGUAUAGGAUUAACUUAGGCGCUUCGUUCGAGUUACGCGGUUGGGCGUCGAAUGUGCCCGAGGUAAUAAAAGACGUUUCCGAUAAGCGAAUUAGCGGCGCGACGACUUUAGGAAAAAGCGAUACAGAGAGGACUUUAGGUCUCAUUUGGAACCACGCUCGCGACACUCUAGGAUUUAACGUGAACCUCAGAAACACGCCAUCUAGUGUAAUUUCAGGGGAAAUUUUACCCACCAAGAGGCAAGUCACUUGCGCCGUCAUGUCGGUUUUCGACCCGUUAGGAUUAGUUUCGCCGGUAACUAUGGUAGGUAAGUGCCUCAUUCAGGAAAUAUGGCGUAGUGGCGUAGGUUGGGACGAUCCUAUAACUAAGGAACACCACAUUACGUGGAUGUCGUUUAUUAAUAAUUUAAACUUGCUGAGGACUUUCGAAAUAGAAAGAUACGUACCUGCCCCGCCCUCUGGCGAGGGGGAGUUACACAUAUUUUGCGAUGCUAGCGAAAAAGUUUAUUCGGCCGCAGUUUAUUUCGUUAGCAUGAAUAAUAACACAAAGACGGCUAGAUUAGUUACGGGAAAGGCGAAAGUAGCGCCGUUGAAACCAAUUUCGAUACCGCGAUUAGAGUUGCAAGCCGCGGUUCUUGGUUCCCGCUUGGCAGAGUCAGUAAAACGGGAAUCUGACUACAAAAUUACAAAGUCGUAUUACUGGUCGGAUUCAAAAACGGUAUUAGCUUGGAUUAGGUCCGAUCCGCGUACUUUCAAGUCGUUUGUCGCGCACCGGCUAGCCGAGAUCGAAAGUACAACGACCCCGGCCGACUGGCGAUGGGUGCCGAGCGCCGACAACGUCGCGGACGACGCUACCAAGGGCAUUCCGGUGAAUUUUAGUUCGACACACAGAUGGUUUACAGGACCUAGCUUUAUUUUAGACGACCCCGCGACAUGGCCGUGCGAAAAGCGGACCGCGGCUCCCUUACCCCCUUCAGGGGAGGAGAGAAUAAUUAAGCAGGUUCACGUCUGUGUAGACCAUGUAAAUAACGAUUACUUGCCUAAAGUUGAAAGGUUUUCGAAGUAUAAGCGCCUGGUACGCGCUGCUGCCACCGUCUUGCUCUCGGCUGAGGCAUUUAAAGCCAAAUUGCUCAAGAGAAAAGUAAAUACGGAAAUCUCUCCUGAUCACAUCAGACUAGCAGAAUUGCUGCUUAUCAAGAGGAGUCAGAACAUCUCGUUCGCGGACGAUAUAAAGACGAUAGAGGCUGGGCAACGACCUCCGAAGAGGUCCCCCUUUCACAAACUUGCUGUGAAACUCGACCGCAGCGGGAUAUUAUACCUCGAUAGCAGAGUUAAGGAAGAAUAUAAUCUGCCUGUCCUACAUGCGAAGGAAGAAUUUACCCGACUGUUAGUGCAUCACACGCACGCAGUAUUUAACCACGGCAAUCACCAAACCGUGAUGAACGAGCUCCGACAGCGCUACCACAUAAUUGGACUACGCAGCAUCCUUCGCUAUAUCUCGUCUGAUUCUCGUAAGCAGCCAGGAAUAAAACGUUUCGGUGCUUGCGCACGAGGGGGAGACUGUAAAUAA